AUGGGGGUAUAUAAGGAAGCCGAGCCCUGGGAUGCCCACUCCCAGGAGAGCAUCUCCCUCAGGAGGCAGCAGCUCCCCUGGACACCCGAGGAUCGUCUGCAGCAGUGGACCGCCAAGAUGUCCAUGGAGAAGGAGAAGAAGGCCCGUUCUCAGCCCGCCAAGAGGCUGUCAGCAGGCCUGCAGCAGAGGCAGGGUAGACUUGCCAUUUGCUGUACACCAUCAGCUGUUCAGAAGAUCAAACAGCUGCUUAAAGAUAAACCUGAGCAUGUAGGUGUGAAAGUAGGUGUUCGUACAAGAGGAUGCAAUGGACUCUCUUACACACUAGAAUAUACAAAAUCGAAAGGAGACUCUGAUGAAGAAGUAGUUCAAGAUGGGGUUAGAGUGUUUAUUGAGAAGAAGGCACAGCUGACGCUUCUAGGAACUGAAAUGGACUAUGUAGAAGACAAACUGUCCAGUGAAUUUGUCUUCAAUAAUCCAAACAUCAAAGGAACAUGUGGCUGUGGAGAAAGCUUUAACAUCUGAAAUCUGAGGGCUAUUAUUUGACUUUGAACACCUCAAAACACUUACUAUUACGGCUUUUGGAAGCAAAUGCAUUUUAUUCAGGUUCAUAGGCUGUGUAAAGUGGGGAUACCGUUAAAAAAAUAAAGCUAAAAUAAUUUUGAAAAUAUUAAUUAUGUGUUAAAUUCCACCGCUGAUGUAGUUACGCUGUAACCUGUGAUGAGUUGGCAUCCAAAAGGUAAGAACAGUGAAGUGCUGUAGUAACAUUUCUGUACUUUCACAUGCCAAGGAAAUAAAAUAUUGCUAUACUUGCCCUUUGUCAUUUUCUUUGUCCACGCUACUGACACUACCCCAUCCAAAACCUAUUUGAAAUAAUGUAUUGCCUGUGGGUUCUGCUUUGAUUUUGGG